GAAAGCUAUUGCCAAGUCCAGCCUCCAGCACAUGGUAGCCCAGCCAAACCCUGCGCUAGCCCUGAGGAGUGACUCGGAGAGGCAGAUACGCAGCACUGUGGACUGGAGCGAGACUGCGGUCUAUGGGGAGCACAUCUGGUUUGAGACCAAUGUCUCUGGGGACUUCUGCUACGUUGGGGAACAGAACUGUAUGGCGAAGCUGCUGCAAAAACCUCUCUCCAGGCGUAAGUGUGCAGCCUGCAAGAUCGUAGUGCAUACACCCUGCAUCGAGCAGCUGGAGAAAAUAAAUUUCCGCUGCAAACCUUCCUUCAGGGAGUCAGGAUCCCGGAAUGUACGGGAGCCCAUAGUUGUCCGGCAUCACUGGGUACACCGGAGGCGGCAGGAAGGGAAAUGUCGGCAGUGUGGCAAGGGUUUCCAGCAGAAGUUUGCCUUCCACAGUAAAGAGAUUGUAGCCAUCAGCUGUUCCUGGUGCAAGCAAGCGUAUCACAGCAAAGUGUCAUGUUUCAUGCUGCAACACAUCGAAGAGCCCUGCUCGCUGGGGGCUCACGCUGCUGUCGUCGUUCCUCCCACCUGGAUUCUGCGGGUCCGACGGCCCCAGAAUCCACUGAAAUCUAGUAAGAAGAAGAAGAGGACAUCGUUCAAGCGGAAAUCCAGCAAAAAGGGGGCCGAGGAAGGGAGGUGGAAACCCUUUGUCAUCAAGCCCAUGCCAGCUCCUCUCAUGAAGCCCUUGCUGGUGUUUGUGAACCCCAAGAGCGGUGGGAAUCAGGGAGCCAAGAUCAUCCAAUCUUUUAUGUGGUAUCUCAACCCACGGCAAGUUUUCGACCUCAGCCAGGGUGGACCCAAGGAGGCGCUGGAGCUGUACCGCAAAGUCCACAACCUCCGGAUCCUGGCGUGCGGGGGAGAUGGCACGGUGGGCUGGAUACUCUCCAUUCUGGACCAGUUACGCCUCAACCCACCUCCUCCUGUGGCCAUCCUACCUUUGGGGACAGGGAAUGACUUGGCCAGGACACUGAACUGGGGUGGGGGUUACACAGAUGAGCCUCUGUCCAAGAUCCUGUCACACGUGGAAGAUGGGAACAUUGUGCAGCUCGAUCGCUGGAACCUCCAUGUACAGCCAAACCCUGAUGCGAACCCUGAGGAAAAGGAUGAGGCGGCUGCUGACAAGCUCCCCUUGGAUGUCUUUAAUAACUAUUUCAGCCUUGGCUUUGACGCGCGGGUGACGCUGGAGUUCCACGAAUCCCGAGAGGCCAACCCAGAGAAGUUCAACAGCCGGUUUCGGAAUAAAAUGUUCUAUGCUGGGACGGCUUUCUCCGACUUCCUCACGGGGAGCUCCAAAGACUUAGCGAAGCACGUCAAGUUGGUUUGCGAUGGGACAGACCUGACGUCCAAGAUCCAGGACCUGAAGCCCCAGUGCCUGGUCUUCCUCAACAUCCCCAGGUACUGUGCAGGCACCAUGCCCUGGGGCAACCCUGGGGAGCACCACGACUUCGAGCCGCAGCGCCACGAUGACGGCUGCAUUGAAGUUAUUGGCUUUACGACCCUUUCACAGGCUGCCUUGCAGGUUGGUGGCCACGGGGAACGGCUGUGCCAGUGCCGGCAGGUGGUUCUCACCACGUCCAAGGCCAUCCCCAUGCAGGUAGAUGGAGAGCCCUGCAAGCUGGCGGCUUCCUGCAUCCACAUCUCCCUGCGCAACCAAGCCAACAUGGUGCAGAAGACCAAGCGGCGCAAUUCCAUGCCUCUGCUUAACGACCAGCAGCCAGUGCCCGAGCGGCUGCGGAUCCGGGUGAGCCGAAUCAGCAUGCGCGACUACGAGGCACUGCACUAUGACAAGGAAAAGCUCAAGGAAGCCUCUGUGCCGCUGGGGAUCAUUGUGGUUCCAGGAGACAGCGACCUGGAGUUGUGCCGGACCCAAAUCGAGAGGCUGCAAGAGGAUUUCCCUCCACAGCCCUCUGCUUUAGAGCGCCUGCUCUUUCAGGAGGGAGAUGGAGCCAAACCGAAGACACUGUCAUCCCAGAAGCUGUCACCCAAGUGGUGCUUCCUGGACUCAACCACAGCUGAUCGGUUCUACAGGAUAGACCGCGCACAGGAGCACCUCAACUAUGUGACAGAGAUCUCUCAGGACGAACUCUAUGUGCUGGACCCAGAGCUGGUGAUCACCCAGACCGUGGGCACCUCUCCUGCCAUGCCUGACCUUGUCGACUUGUCUGCCGCACCCGCUGGGCACCAUUUUGCAUUCCCCUCCUCCUCUUCCUCUCCACCCUCCUCUCCUGCCCCCAGUGCUGAGCCCGAGCGCUGCCUCCUGCACAAAGACGACCUUCUGAUAGAAGCUGCCAAGAGCGGCAACUUCAGCAAGUUCCAAGAGCUGCACCGGGCUGGAAGAGACCUGAUGGUGCGAGACUCCUCAGGCCAGACCGUCCUCCACCAUGCUGUCAAAUCAGGGAGCAAGGACAUCGUCAAAUACAUCAUCGAGAACGCCCCUUCAGAAAUCCUCGAUGCCACGGAAGAGGAGAACGGCGAAACCAGCUUGCACCAGGCUGCAGCCUUACGCCAGCGCACUAUCUGCCACUACAUCGUGGAGGCCGGGGCUUCGCUCAUGAAGACGGACCUACAGGGAGACACGCCCAAGCACCGGGCUGAGAAAGCCAACGACCCCGACUUAGCUGCCUACCUCGAGAACCGACAGCACUACCAGAUGAUCCAGCGGGAGGACCAGGAGACAGCUGUGUAGCGCUCGGCGUGCCUUAGCCCAAGCCAGCUCGGGCAGGACGAGAAGAGGAUGAUGGCAACUGGCAGAGCUGUGAGUCUGGCCCAGCCCUCCCUAGAUGUCAACCCGGUCCCCGGAGGAGAUGGAGACAGCAGAGCUUUGCCCCAGGCUGGGCUGGGACUCUGUUUAUGAGGACAGUGGGUAUUUGGGACUUGAAGCCUUGCUCUUUGUGUGUCCCCCCGCUUUGCCCCUCAUCCACCAC